AUGCCCCGCCGCGCCCCCCGCGACUACUACUCCGAAGAGGAAGAAAUCUACGAGGCCCCCCGCCGCCAAAAACGCAGCACCGCCCGCGCCCCCGCCGCCGCCGACGAUGAAGAAUACUACGUCCGCAAGCGCGGCAAAAGCAAAUCCCGCAUCCCCGUCGCCGCCGCGCCGCCCGUCGAAGAAUUCGAACGUCUCCGCGUGCGGGACAGAGCGCCCUCGCAGCCGCAGCCGCCUGUGCCACCUCCUAUGCCGUUGGGGGUGAGGUAUGGGCCUGCGAUGGAUAUGGAGGGGUUCGCGUUUAGACGGGGGAAAGGGGAUGUGGGAGGGAAGAAGGGGAAGAAGGGGAGGAAGAGUAAGAGUGCGCCUGUUUCGGAGGAGUCAGAGUCGGAGGAUGAUGACGAGGAGGUUAGGGUGAAGCAUGUUAAAAGGCCCAAGUCGAAGUCGAAGACUCGUCGGAGGGAAAUUGAAGAGGAGGAUGAAGAGGAGGAAGUUGUUUACAAGGAGAAGAAGAAGGGAGGUAAGAAGGCAAAGGGGAAGAAGGAGAAGUAUGUUGAGGCUAGCGAGACGGAGUCUUCUUCCGAGGAAGAGGAUGAUGAGGAGUAUGCUGUUCCUGUGCGGAGGAAUGGACGGCAUAUGGUUGCGCCUGUGUCUGUGCCUGAUGACGACGAUGAUAGUGAAGAAGAGAUAGUGCACAGACGCAAGAAGAAGGGCAAGGCCCCUGUCGAUCCUGAAUAUGAACGGGCUACUCGCAAGGCCAGCAAGCGUGGAAAGGAGGAGACUGUACGAUACCCGUCGGUCCCGAAGAUGAAGUCUCGUCGUCGCGAUGAGACUGAAAGUGAGACCGAGACCGAGUCUGAGAGCGAGACUACCAGUGAUGACAGUGACGAUGACGGGAUCGUUGUCCGCAAGAGUGAGCGUAGGGGACGCAGCAAAGGCAAGAAAUCCAAGCAUCGUAAGGAUGAGUCGUCUGGGUCGCCGAACCUCAGAGAGCCUUCGAUGUCUCGCAAGAGACGACAGAAGUUUAUUGACACUGAGUAUGAAAUGGUCAAGCCAACCCGCGCACAAAGCCCAGACUUCCCUCGAUCAAAGAGUAAGAAGGGUCGCCGUUCCAAGGAUGACAUGUUUAUCGAACCUUUUGAUCCUUACGCCAACUGGCCACCAGUCGAGACCUCCAGUAAGAAAAAGAAAUCCAAGGCCAAGGCCAUUCAACCCAGAGCCCGAUCUGCCGACAGGGACGUAUCGCGGGACAUUGGGCGCCGUAUGAAGGACGCCCGCAAUGCCCGAGAUGACCUGGAAGUGGACCUGUACAGUCGCCGAAAGGCCCACUAUCCUGCCGCCGAUUUUGUGCCUCCCAAGGCCGGGGCCCUCGUCGCUCCUAAAUCGCGACAGAGGGUGAGGGGGACUAGCAUGAGCGAAAUGGGCUGGCCGCAGCCCGCGGGUCGCAAGCUCAAAUACCUCCCGGAGGAGGAGAGCUCUUCUGAAGAGUCAUCAGAGGAUGAGAAGGCAACCCCAUACCUCGGGACGAAACCCAAACACCAGGCCCCAGCGCAAAAAGACCGGCUCUGGACCGAAAUCACCAAGGAUCUUGUGGUGCGAGAAGCGAUUGAGCGCGCCGGAUAUGAGUAUGAAGAGACGGACCAGUUCUAUUACAUCUUCGCCUACCUUCACUAUGAGGAUGUCUCCGGCCUCGUCGACAUGUCUGAGGAGAUUAGACAGGCACGGCGUCAAAGGAUCCAUGAAAUCGGCCGUGAGCACGCCGGGUAUGCCCUUCCCCCGGCACCGUCGGCGCCCCCUGUCUUUAGCAAGUACGGCCAGCCUAUGAUGGAACAGCCUCGACCGUGGCCCUAUAGCGGGCACGGAAUGGCCCAGCCCCAGGAACCGGCGUACGAGGACAGUCGCUGGCGACUGCCACGGAUGGGACGGUGGUAG